GGUGCGCCGACCAGUGGAGAUAGUUCGCAGAACUGUCAAAGCAGACGAAAUUGUAAAUUGUGGUGUGCCAGUGAUAUCGGAUAGAAAGAGAGACUGGGAGAACUGUCAGAUCUGACUUUUCUAAUGGUUCCUUUGACGUUGAAUUUAGCCUUGAAGAUCUGACUCAUGAAUGGUGAAUUUGUGUCACAUGUAUAGAACAAUGAAAUCCCCAAUCCGCACACUGUCUCUUCUCUUGUGCCUGCAAGUUACGACAAGUCAAUUUUCUAAGUUUUCUGAAUUUCCCAAGUUCUCACUUGGCAAUUGGCAAAGAGUAUGUCCCGAUAUGUAUCCAUACGAAUACAAAGGCUUUGCUCCAAUGGGAAACUACAGUGCCGGAAAGUUUAAGGAAAUGACUGCGUUGACAAGUAUCGCACGUUGCGUGACUGAAUGCUGUCAUGAUCUGACUUGCAACAUUAUUUUGAUGUACAAUAGUACUUGUUAUCAUGUAUCAUGUGAAAGCAAUAAACUCUGUGCUCCACUAUAUCGGUCUGACAAAGCUCAUAGCUAUACUCCACCAACUAUGGUAUUAAUCAGACCUGUAGAAGGGGAUGGUCCAUGGGCAAAUUGGGUCGAAGAUAUCGAGGAUACCAGUGCUUUCCUGAUGGCUGCUGCAGAUCAAAAUGAUUAUACAUACAGAUCCGAUAUUAACACAGAGUGUACAUUUGAAUUGCAAGACUGUGGAGAGAAUGAGGUUUGUGUAACUGGUGACAAGUCUAAAGACGGAUUCUGUCAGUGUAUCGAUAAUUACAAGAGAACAUUGCAAGGAAUUUGCAAACCAACGGAUGAGCUCGAUGCUCUCAGGCAGUCAACUACCUCAGAUAUUACACAGGAGUCAAGCACAUCGGUAAAACCUCCGUUAAAAAAACUAUCAGUAUCAGCUGUAUCUAAGGAAGUUCAACUCCCUGAAAAUGAGGCCACAUUGUCAGCAUAUACCUACCCUGCUGAACAGGGGAACGAGCAUUAUAAUUAUGUUUGGAGUUUGUUAAGUCAACCAGAAGGACCACCUGGAACUAUAAUGGAUCAAAAUCGUGUCACAGUAAAACUUAGCCAUCUGUCUGAGGGCUUAUAUAUGUUCAAAGUCGUUGUGAGCAGUCCUAAUGCCUAUGGAGAAGCAUAUGCAAAUGUCAGUGUUCUACCACCCAAACGAGUAAAUCAAGCACCAAUUGCUGUAAUAUCACCAGAAUCUCAAGUAGUGAAGUUACCUAAUACGGGAGCUGUGUUAGAUGGAUCGGCAAGUACGGAUGAUGACAAAGUGAUUUCACAUCACUGGGAGUUACAGAAAGGUCCAAUUGGCUAUCAACCAGAACUUUUAGAUACUCCUACACUCCAGUUGAACAAUCUGAUUGCAGGAAACUAUACUUUCAAAUUAACAGUUGAAGACUCUGAUCACGUAACAAACUUCACAACGGCUAACAUAACGGUAUUGAAAGUGAUUGAUUAUCCUCCAAGCGCAAAUGCUGGGGAAGAUAUUAUAAUCUAUUUACCUCAGAAUACUAUCACUCUGAAUGGUAAUUUGAGUACGGAUGAUAGAGGCAUCGCCAGUUGGGAGUGGACAAAAAGUCAAUCGGAUCAAAACAAAGCUGUUGAUAUGCAGAACACUCGAACGCCAUACUUGCAAUUGUCGAAUCUAGAAGAGGGAAGAUAUACCUUUGUUUUGAAAGUAAUGGAUGAUUCGGAACAAUCCUCUACAGCUGAAGUUCAUGUUUUUGUAAAGCCACCAACUAACAAACCGCCCAACGCCGAUGCUGGUGAAGAUAUAAUUAUUGCUUUACCAGAGACUCACACAAAACUUAAUGGCAGCAAAAGUAAAGAUGAUGUCAAAAUAACGUCCUAUCUCUGGGAGCAAGUGAGUGGGCCUAGUAAAGCAGUGAUAGCUGCUACUAACGAAUCCGUUACUAAUGUUACGGGAUUAACUAAAGGAGAAUACGUAUUCAAACUGAUUAUAGUUGAUGAUAAUGGGAAUAAAAAUUCAGACACUGUAAAAGUUACAGUAACGCAAAAUAAAAACGCACCCCCAAAAGCUAAUGCUGGUGGUGAUCAAGUACUUGUAGAACCUGUGAGCAUAAUAGUAAUUAACGGAUCUCACUCUAGCGAUGACCUAAGGAUUGGUCAAUGGUUAUGGACACGAGAUCCUUCCAGUCUUGCAAUCGGUACUGUGCUUGAGGGAAGUGAUAAAUCACCAAUUUUAAUGUUGUCCGACGUUGUUCCUGGCAGAUAUGUUUUUCGUUUGAAAGUGUCCGAUGAUCAAGGCUUGAGCAGCGAAGAUACUGUUUCAGUGAUUGUAAAACCAGAUACCCGCUUGCUGAAUUUGGUUGAAUUAACUCUAAAUAUUGAGGCACGACUCCUUACAAAAUCACAGAACGAUUCCUUGGUAGUAAAACUACAAAUGUUACUCCAUGAUGAAGCUAACAUUGUUGUGCGCAAUAUAAGAGCAGAACCUCGAACCGGCAGAGCUGUUUUAGUGUUUUAUGUAAAUAAAGAUGGAGGAAAGUCUUUGAUGCCUGGACCAGAAGUUGUUCAAAUAUUAAAGGAAAAGCUGAGGCAAGACUCUGGUCUUCUGCAACUAUCAGUAGCCAGUGUAGAAACAGCUGUUUGUCAAAACAAAUGCUCAGGACACGGUGUCUGCGAUGAAGGAAGUAGGCAAUGUCUGUGCGAAGCCUUCUGGAUGCAAAAUUUAAUUCAAAAGUAUUUUGGAAACGGAGAAGCUAAUUGUGAUUGGAGCAUUUUAUACGUUAUAAUAGCCCUACUUUCAUUGGUUAUAUGCUGGGUGGGAUGUAUCUGGGGAUUGAUAUGUUUGAUGCAACGAUUAUGCUUUGGUAAACGACGUGCCAGUCGAUCUAAAAAAAAACCAGUACGUUACUCUCUUCUUCAAGGAGAACCUGAAGAUGACACAAGUACAUAUUCGCCUCACAGCAAAAUAACGCCAUCAGAUUUUGAAACAGAUUCUGAUGAUGUAUUGUUUGAAAGUCGUAAAGGAAAAGUCAGUAGUCAUCUUAGAAAUGGUAAAUCACGAAAUGGAUUUCUGAAAGUGGGUCCCAGAGUGAAAACAUGAGAUCUUAACAUCUGGCGGUGGCGCUGCCCAAUUGAUUAUUAAAAUGUUAAUGAAUAUUGAUGAAUUCAACCAAAUAAUACUAGUCAGCUAUGCUAUGGUAGAAGGCAAUCAACGAACUCAAGCAGAGUAAAGUUUUGCCGGGACUGACUGUUGAAAACGGGGUAAUAAUUUUGUGGAGUCCACAUAAUAUGGGAGACAUCCUUCAUUGUAUUUUAUAGACGUGAUAUACAAAUAAUAUAUUAAUUAUUAUACAUUUCAAUUAAGAGCUUCUAUUGAAAUAUAUAGGUACAUUGAAUGUUUCGAAAAGUGUGAUCGAUAUAGCGAUUCGGCACGAUUUAUUAUGCUAAAGUAUACUAGUACUAAUCAGAGUAUGAGUUCUAAUUUAUGUUUUGUUAACAUAUUCUAUCAGUUAAUACUGGUAUGCAUACAUUUAAGUUGUAAGAAAAUGAACAAUGUAUUUGUACACUAUAGAAUACGUUAAAUAGAAUUGCUUGUGGAGAUUGAACAAGUUUCCGUAUCUGAAUUAGAUGAUGACGCCGAUUUUUGUACCUGCAGUAUAAACACAUCGAAACAGAGA